UCCAAAGGUAGGUUCUCUCAAUUUUUUUGAUGAGUUCUCUUCUAUAAUUUGAUUAAAAAUAAUUCUAAAGUGGUUAAACAAGAGAGAAUCGCCUCUCUUAAGAGGGUUUUGAGAUUGUGAGAGAGACGGACACGUGUCGCUGAUUGAUUGGAGGAAUCAUUUUAACAAAAGCAAAAAAAAAACUCAUUUUUUUUGUUAUUUCUCUCUCUCGACCAAAUCUUCCAAACACGACUUUCUCUCUCUGUCUCUCUCGCGAAUGCGAUUCCAAGGAAGUGAUGAACAACCGUCGGAUUUCGUGAUUUUCCGAUGAAUCGACGCCGAUUUUGUGGUAUGUGAGACUUACCAGCCGUCGGAAUCAUGAGUUGGAUAGACGGUUAAGACCAUCGGCGAAUGGAGUCAAAUCGAAUCGUAGAUUGGCGAUGGAGAAGAAGGAUUCGUUGAAGGAUGGUCCAACUUCUUGUUCCAGAGACUUUGGUGACCUUUCAUCAAAAGACUUGCAGAAGAUGGUUCACACUUUGCCUCAGUACAGUGAGCAAAUUGACAAGCUUUCUCUACAUGUAGAGAUUGCUAGAACAAUUAACAAAACUAUCAUGGAACAAGGUCUAAGAGAUCUCGGGCAGCUCGAGCAGGACCUCACUGCAGAUGUGUGUAUGACUCAUGUAGUUUUGUAUUUUAUGUGUAGACACCACGAGACUAUGAAUUUGUAUUUGUGAUUGUGAACCACAUAAAUUGCUAUAUAUUAUUUGUUCUCUUAUUUGUGAUUGUGAACCAACAUUGCUAUAUAUUACAAGACAAUGCUUAUUAUUUCACCACCGAACAAUUGUUCUUCUUAUUGU